GAGUCUCAGGAACUAAAUAUUGUGGAUAAAUAUAAUGCCUUCUUGGCUGAUUUUCAACCAGCCGACAAUGUUUGAUGAUUCAUCUGUGUAUAGUAUAGCGUUAAACUCUAUAAGGAUGAAUUGAUUCAAUAAAUAUCAAUUGAUAUUCGUCGGGGAGAAGGUUCGAUAAAAGGUUCUGUAAAAUAGCAUUCCACGAAAAAUGGUCAUGGAUGUGAGCGCGUUAUUCAAGGCCAGCGUGAGAACGGUGAACUCGCGCAACAAGGACCUCGGCACCCCAGUGGGCACGCCACCGAGGAAAACCGUGACCAAAAGUACCUUCUGCGUAAAGGUGCACGCGGUCGUCGUGCAGAUCUCGAAGCUACGCCAGUUCCUGCUGGAGAACCGUAAAGCCUACCUAAACUUCUCCAGUUACCUGUCAACCGCUCCGCGUAUGACGGAUGCGGAACGCGACGAAAUCGACGUCGGAGGUCAGCGGAUAAUGAGCACCUGCUCGCAGCUGGUUAAGGAUCUCAAGAGAGAGAUCGCGACGUCCGCGGAAGAUUUGUCUCGGCAGAAUGUUGAGCACCGUGAGAUCAUGCUGUUGCAGAUAGAGGAUUAUCUGAAGAACGUCUGUCACAUUUACUCAGAGCAGAAAGCUAUGCGGGUGAAGAGGGCUGUGGAAAUGCAGAGGAUCGCUAAGCUACAGACGGAUCCUAAACCCGAUCGGCCGGAGAUUAGGAAGUCAUCAUUGAACACGACGGAGAGAUCCGUGAAUGAUCGCGAAACUAAAAGUCAUUCGAACGAAUCGAGUCCGAUGAAGAUACAGGAGAUCAACGAGGACGUUACUACGUUGACGUACGAAGAAGAACCGUCAGCUGAAGAUAUUCAGAUGUUCGAAUCGGAGAACGAGCAAUUGUACAAUGAACUGAAUAAUGUGACGGAGGAAAUUAAACAGAUCGAGAGCAAAGUGGUUCACAUUGCCGAGCUUCAGGAGAUCUUUACGGAGAAAGUUCUGGAUCAAGACAAGGAUCUGGACAGGCUGAUGACGACAGUGGUUGGAUCUACAGAAAACGUGAAGGAAGCCAACGAGCAGAUUCGACAAGCGAUUCAACGGAACGCUGGUCUCAGAGUGUGGAUCCUCUUCUUCCUUUUGGUAAUGUCGUUCUCGCUACUGUUCCUCGAUUGGUAUAAUCCGUAAAAAUUAUUUGAUCUUAAUUGCUACUACAUGCGAGGAAGAGAAUUACUUAUAAAAAACAUUUGGUACAAUCCAUAAAACAUAAAUCUUCAAUUAUUAGUCUGUAAUUAUUUUUAAUUAGUGGGAUUAUAUAUUAAAUUUUCUGGAUUGUACCAAUUUGCAAUAAUUAUCUUUUUGUAAGUGUAAAAAAACAAGGGAAGAGUGUUGAGAAGAUGGAAGGAUCUAAAAAGAGAGAAGUAAGAAUGUUUCCCAAAAUAUCUGUUGCUGUAUUUUAUCUCCUCAAACAUCAUUGUACAUAAGCUACAAUUAACUUAUUAGUAAUAAAAUUUGUAUAAUAUAUAUCUAUAUUUUUAUUUACACGCGCAUUUUUACAUACAUGCACGCAUGGACACAUACAUACACUUGCUCCACCACUUGUUUAUUCAAUUUUGUAUUUCGUCAACUGUACUGUUAAUUAUACUGGUUGACAAAUGUUAGGGAAACAAAGUCGAAUAUAUUAUUCUAUGAAAAAUUGUUCCUAGCAAUUACCAAUCAGCAUAUGUGUGUGUCCCCAAAGGUACGUUAUUUGUAAAAAAAUUUUUCUCUUUUUGUAAAAAAUAAUUAAAUUGAUUAAAUUUGAUGAUAGGCAAUUAUGUCUCGUACAAAAUAGCUGUGUCUAUAUUUGUAAAAAUUAAUAGAAAGCGGAAUAUAAGAAUUUGUGUCUACUGAUAUGAAACUGUCAUCCGGCCAUUCUGAUUGAAAUUGCUCUCACGUUUCUCUAUUAUAAAGUUUUAACAUAAUCACACAGUGAUUUUGCAUACUUUCAAAACGAUGGAUAUUUACUACAUAUUUUUUUUCUGUUUUAUAUAUAAAUAUAUAUAAUUAUAAUAGAAAUAAUAUAUGUACAUAUAUAUUUAUAUAUAAAUAUAGAAAACAAAUUAUUUCACUAUUUGAUGUCGCGCGAUAAAACGCCAUAUCAAAUGGGCAUUAUUAACAUUACAGCAAAAAUAUAAGUAAAAACAGAAAGAAUAUAGAUCGUUGCGUCAGUGAUUUCUCUAGAAAAUACAAUAGGAACAAAACGAUGAUUUCCAUGCAAUAUAUUAUUAAUGAAUUAAAAACAAUAAUAGAGAUGUGUAAAAAAUAAAAUUGAACAAUCUUAUGAUUCACGAUUGCAUAAAAUCAUUUUGCAUUUUAUGCGAGAUAACGAAAAAAAAAAAAAAAAAAAUUUU